AUGAGGCUUCUGAACGUUCAAACGCUUGCCUUUGAGGAGUUCAUUGGAGAGGUAGGCAACGGCAUACCGCCGUAUGCGAUCCUUUCACACACUUGGGGCCCCGAGGAAGUAACGUUCAAGGACCACACAGAGCAGCAGGAUGAAAGCUGCGAGAAGAAGGGCUACGACAAGAUCCGUGGAUGCUGCCGGUUAGCAGAGUCCGAGGGCUUCCAGUACGUCUGGAUCGACACAUGCUGCAUUGAUAAGUCUUCUAGCGCAGAGCUCUCUGAGGCCAUCAACUCUAUGUUUCAGUGGUACCGCGACGCCGCUAUCUGCUAUGCCUACCUGAGUGAUGUCGACAGCUUAGACGACCUGACUGUACUUUCUGAUGGCGAUGAAAAGUCGGAAAGCAGUUCAGUCUUCGCACGUAGUCGCUGGUUUACCCGCGGUUGGACGUUGCAAGAGCUUCUGGCGCCGGCAGAAGUUGUUUUCCUGGCCGCGGACUGGUCGGAAAUCGGUACGAAGAGGUCGCUAGGAGCUGAGGUGUCUCGAAUCACCCGUAUCAGCGAGAAGGUGUUGCUGGAAUGCCGUUGGGAUGAAUACAGUGUUGCGCAGAAGAUGUCUUGGGCCGCUGGGCGCCAGACCACGCGAUUGGAGGAUGCGGCCUACUGCCUUAUGGGGCUGUUCGAUGUCAAUAUGCCUCUGCUGUACGGCGAGGGCCGCAAAGCCUUCUCGCGUCUUCAGCAAGCGAUAAUGCAGAGGUCCGAAGACCAGUCCAUCUUUGCAUGGUCGUACCCUGAUGACAAGCACUCUCACAUCCUGAUGUCUGGCAUAAUGGCACCGUCACCGGAGUAUUUCAAGGAUGCGUCUCAGAUUGAGACUUUGAAUCGAAGCGAUGACUACGAAAGCCCCUUCGAGGUUGUUAAUCAGCUCGUGAGAUUAAGGCUGCGGUUGCUAGAUGAAGUCGAGGGGAUAAAGCUACAGACAUACGCGUCAAAACCACUUCUCCACGACGUGAUCGAGGUUCAACAAAUCAACGGAGGGCCUCAAGUUCUAGCUCAGGAUACAGGCAUUGCUACGAUUCCAGAUGCUCUACCAGUCAUAGACAGCGCAGGUGGAAUCCCACGCCUUGGUGGAGUAGCCCUGGAAGACGAGCUUACUGAGAUCAAUGUCGACGGUAUCAGUUCUUCUGGCUCCAUGGACCGUGACCUUCAGAAAGAUUCAUCAGAUGGAAAUGAGCACGAGAACACCGGAGAAUUCGAGACGUUAAUUCCAAUCAACAAACCAAUGUGGCGGUGGUACAUAUAUGAAAAAGUCGUCAUUGCGCCUCUCAGAUGUCGCAUCGGUCAAAAUCAGCUCGGGAUUUUGCUGUCCAAAGGACGGGCAUACAGCCUUGGUGGCAAGAUGAAUUUGCGACUGCAUUACCCAUCUCUCGUCAUGAUAAACAGUAUGACAGCAAAUAUGGCAGCUGCAAAAGUUCAGACAAUGUACGUCGCCGUGUCCAUGACUAGAACACCAUUCAGAACGCCAAUCCAGGAGCAAUCGUUCGUUCGCCUAUGUUGGCCUGAGAUACGUUUUCACUCCUUGAAAGCCGCGGGAUACCGUCCUGUGAGCGAGUCAGGUGCGGCUUGGACCCUGGACUCUGAAAAGAGUCUAUUUAAAUCAUUACACUCAGAGGUUGUCGGCGAGCCUGGAACGACAGAUUACGGGCAUGAGCCAAUCGUACUAUUUCAUCACCAGUCUGGGAAGGACUCAACUUACCCGACGUUGUUCUUCAGACUCACAGUCACCAACCGAGAUUUGACCGCCACGCGACGAAAAGAGUCCCUUGUGACCUGUGUCCUGGGAAUCUACAAUCCCACCACUGCAGGGUCAACCGCGUCAAUGAAUGAAGACUUCCGUAUUUAUAGCACGAAUCUUCUGCAGAAAAGAGGGAUUGAGGUUGCCUCAGGCUAUCAAGGCCACUCGGUUGCUGUCAGACUUAGACAAGGACACGGUGUUUUCUUUGUAAAUGUGUCAUUCCAGAAAGCAUGUCGUGGGGCACUGCAAGCACCGCAGGAUAUCCCUGACGCCUCCGAGGCCAAUUGGCUCGAGGCGAAGUUGAAAUCCGCUCGAGCAUCAUUUCGUGAGGACUAG